AUGUCAAACAACGACCCCUCCGACACCAGCUACGUCAAAAUGUCCACCGCCGACGUAGCCUCCCCCGUCUCUUCCUCGACCGCAGGCACCGACGCCAGCCUUAUCGGCAAGCACUGCCAGCUCGAAUACUGCAACCAGCUCGACUUCCUGCCCUUCCUCUGUCAAUCCUGCCACAAGACCUUUUGCCUUGACCACCGCUCCGAGUCUUCACACAACUGUUCCUGCGCGGGCGCCUGGGCCGAGCGUCGACGUCUCGCCCAGCUCGCCCGCCCCUCCGCCGGCGAGGGAAAACGCAUGCGUGAUUUGGUCAGCCAAAAACCCUGCGCCGACGACGCCUGCAAGACCAUCAUCGGCACCUCGCUAGUCCCGGGCGUGCACUGCACGAGCUGCAACAGGGAUUACUGCCUCAAGCACCGCCUGGCCGAAGACCACGAUUGCAAGUCCAAGGUACCCAUCGGGGCGCGCGCCACGUCGGCUGCCGCCACGGCCGCGUCCGUGCAAGCGAGCGCUAAAAGUGCUUUGCAGCGGUUCAAGGCUUGGGGAAAGACGAAGCGCGAGGAGGCGGCGAAAUCACUACCGAAACCGAAGCCGAGCACGGCUGCGCAGCGGAUGAUCGCGCUCAAUACCCUCAAAAAAACGGCCAAGGGGGAUGAGAAGAUCUCACCGGAGAAGAGGAUUUAUUUGUUUGUGGAGGCGGAGAACGAGACGGCUAAGGCGAAGAUCCCCAAGGGGGAGUUCUUCUAUAAUAAGGAGUGGGUGGUGGGGAGGGUGCUGGAUGCGGCGGCGAGGAGUCUGCAGGUGCAGAAUAUCAAUAAUCAGAGCAACAAGGAGGAGGAUCGACUAAGGGUUUUCCAUGUGGAGGGCGGGAGAAUGUUGGAGUUUAAUGAAAAGAUUGAGAAGGUGUUGGCGAAUGGGAAUACGAUUGUGCUGUUGAGGGGGGUGGGGCCGCCGCCGGAUCUGAUUGAGAUGUGA